GUUUGCAAGAGUUACCCAGUCGGAGUUAGCCGGAGUAAAAUAGAAGUUGGGUAACAGUCUCUCCCCCCUCCUCCCUAUACAGACAAAGAGUGUUUUGAGAGUUUGGUUGCAGAAAACUGCCCUGCCACCGCCGUCUGCACCGCUGGAGGAACGGGGAGAGCUCUCACCACACGGAGAGAGAGAGAGAGAGGGAGAGAGGGUGAGAGAGAGAGUGAGGGUGAGAGAGGCUUUAGAGGCGGAGAGCGAGAGAGAAGAAGAAAAAUGCGCUAAACGAGAAGUUUUGGACGCUUUCUUUUUUAAUGUGAGCCAAAGUGAGGUGAGGAGCAGUGGCCGGGGAAAGUGACACGAGAGGAGGGCAGACUGGACGACGGGAAAAGUCCGGGGCAGAAGAAGCGGAGCCCACCUGGAGAGAUCCGAGAAUGAAUUGAACAAGAAGAAGAAGAAGAAGAAGAAGAAAAACACACCAUCGGCUGCUCUCUGUCUCACGGCCAGCCAGAAGGCUCGCUCCUUCCUCCCUCCCUCCUCCUCCUCCUCCUCCUCGCAGAAGAGCUAGGCCCAUGCCCAUGGAUGAGGAGCGGAGUUGCUCUGCCAUCUCCCCGGAGCCACCUGAUGACAACGGGGGGCCGAGUGAACCAUCUGCGCAACCCGCCACGCACACGCACGCCGCGGCGGCGGAAACCCACAGCGACCCCAGACCGGAACCCUGCUCCAGCAAAGAUGUGGCCACUACCCAUACCGAGCCCCUCAUACUGAGGUUAAAGGUCACUCCGGAGGGGUUGCUAGGAGACCAGUCGCACAAUGGCAACAACAACAACAGUCUCUCGAGCUCUGACCCGGUGUCACCUGGCAAGAGCAUCACCUGCCAGCCAGUAGCCCGGUCCACGCCUCUCCAUCCCACCCAGCCGUGCCGAACACAACCCGGCGGCCAGCUACGCAACGGAAUCAAGCACCACACACACACACACCCCCCUCAUACGCACUGUCCGCAUCACACACAUCUGUCUCACACACACACAGCCCAGUCAAACGGAGUCAGGAAUGGGAGCCCUCACGACCGUCCGAAGCUGGGCUCCCUGCCGCGGGGUGGCUCCUCCACCUCCUCCACCUCCUCGGGGGGGACCAGACACACCAAGAAGCUGCAGUCCAAUCCCUCCAUCACCUCCCAGAGCAGCAAGAGGAGCAAGAGCAGCUCCAAGAGUAACAGCUCGCAGAUCCCCACGGAGGCGCAGGAUGACUGCUGUGUUCACUGUAUCCUGGCCUGUCUGUUCUGCGAGUUCCUGACUCUGUGUAACAUCGUGCUGGACUGCGCCACCUGCGGCUCCUGCGCGGGGGACGACUCCUGUUUCUGCUGCUGCUGCGCGUCGGAGGAGUGCGGCGACUGUGACCUGCCCUGUGACAUGGACUGUGGCAUCAUCGACGCCUGCUGCGAGUCUGCGGACUGCCUGGAGAUCUGCAUGGAGUGCUGCGGCCUCUGCUUCUCCUCCUGA